UGGGAGUCACUGGAAUUAGAAUGUCACUGGAUCUUACUGGAUGGAAUUGUGUAACAGAUCAGCUUCCAGUGCACACAGGUGGUCCUGGAAAACAUCAAUUUAUGAAUGAUAUUAUUAUACUUGGAGUGAAGGCUAUGAACAAAUACAAUACUUAUAGUAUAUACAAAGCUUGUGACGAAGCUCUUGGUUGGGAAGAAGCUUUAAAAAAUCCAGUCACUAAUAAAAAAAAUACUGUUCAAAACCACCUAAAAAAAUGUGAAUAUUUUUGUGCCAAACUGGGAUCUCAAGAAGCAGUAGAUGCAUAUUGUAAUAAGACGAAUAAUGAAGCAGAUGCUUCUCAAAGUUCAAAAAAAUGCCAAAACACUAAUAUAUCAGAUGAUGACAUUCAUAUAAGUGAUAUUACAACAAAAGAGAAAUUCAAAUUCGAACAACUAUUGCUUCAGAUGACAAUAUUAAAUGAAUGGGCCUUUCAAUGGACAACAAAUCCAGCAACUCAAGAGUUUUUAAUCAAUUUGAUCAUGUCUCGUGAACAAAAACUAAAAGAAGACAGUAUUGGAGUUACCUUGGCAUUUGACAAAUGGAAAAAUGUUCUAAAACAACAUAUUUUUGGUUCAUUAUUUAUUUUAUCAACUGGUAAAGUUCAAAUUUGGGAGGAAUCUAAUGAAUUCAAGAUCGCAUCAAAACAAGCAAUAACUAUAGUCAGUUAUUUUAAUAAUGCAAUUCAUUCAUAUUUUAUUGGAAAGCUUCGAGAAAGUUUGAUAAAAUCUUGCCAAGCUUUAAGAGUCUGGUUUGGAUGUCGACCAAUUUGCAUUUUACUUGAGCUAGAAGAGUAUAGAAAACAAAAUUAUCCCUUUGAUCUUACAACAUAUGAACAAUUUGGAGAAAACAUAUUGGAGUUUUGGAAAUUUGCUUCUUCUUCAACUAGAGAAUUAGGUCCUUUGGCAAUACAUUUGUUUGGAAUUUGUAUCAAUGCAGCAUCUGUUGCUGAUGAGCCUACUGACGAACCUACCAAUGAACUCGAACUAAAUAAAUAUAGUACAGAUACUGAACAAGAUGAAUUGCAAGAUAUUAAACCAUCAAGUAUAAUAACACCUGAUAAUUGGAAAAAUCAAUUAUGUGACUGGGAACAGAUGUUAAUAGAUGAGGAGAUUACCAGAUCAGAAGAUGAGGAGGCAGAACGUGAUAAUGACAAUAUGGAAGGUAAUUUGUUAAGUGAUUACAUACAUCCAGCAAUAAAUAACAGAGCAAAAUGGGAAUUGAGUGAUAUAUUUAGUUUACUGUUUCAAAAAUCAAAUUUUAUGAAUAGUAAUGAUAAUUAA